AUGGAGAGCACUGACCUCUGUUCUAAACCUAAGCGAGCUAGAAGCACCAAUUUCAGCAUAAUGGAAAUAAGCACCAUACAUAAUGAGGUAAAACAAAAUUCUAUACUCGAGAGUAAGCACUCAAAUACCGUGACAAAUCAGAAAAAACAAUCAGUUUGGAAGAGCAUUACUGAGAAAGUAAAUGCUGUGGGCACUGCUCAUAGGACGGUUACGGAAGUAAAGGACAAAUGGAGAAACAUGUGUCGCGACGCCAAACAAAAGUUUGCCGAACACAAAAGAGAAUCAAAGAAGACUGGAGGAGGCCCACCACCUACCCCUCUCUCCCAGACAGUGUCCGACAUUGUGGACCUCUACAAGGACUCCAGUUCCUUUGUAGGCAUUCCUGGGGGAAUCGAGACCUCCAUAUGUGAUCAAACAGGUAUCUGGCAAGUGAGAGCCAAUUGCAACCUCCAAGAACUGGAUCAAAUCCAUGUUUUAUUGAACAAGGAGUCCCUACAGUUUCAAGCCAUUGUACCAUUGACCAUGUAG